AUGUCGCAGCACGCUUCCAACUUCGACACACUCCAGCUGCACGCUGGUCAGGAGGUGGACCCUGUCACCAACGCUCUUGCCGUGCCUAUCUACGCCAACUCGUCGUUCGCCUUCAAUGACUCGGCUCACGGUGCUGACCUUUUCGGUCUUCGCAAGUUCGGUAACAUCUACUCUCGUCUCAUGAACCCUACCAACGAUGUGUUUGAGAAGCGAAUUGCUGCUCUUGAGGGUGGUGCCGCCGCUCUCGCUACCUCGUCCGGUCAGGCCGCUCAGGGUAUGGUCGUCAUGGGUCUCUGCGGAACUGGUGACAACAUUGUCUCCUCCUCGUACCUCUACGGUGGUACGUACAACGCCUGGGCCAACCUCUUCCCCCGUCUUGGCAUCACCACCAAGUUUGUCAAGUCCGAGAAGCCCGAGGACUACAAGGCUGCCAUUGACGCCAAGACCAAGGCCAUCUACAUCGAGUCGAUCGCCAACCCCAAGUACCUUGUUCACGACAUCGCUGCCAUCGCCAAGGUUGCUCACGAUGCGGGGAUUCCUUUGAUUGUCGACAACACUUUCGGUGCCGGUGGAUACCUUGUUCGCCCCAUCGAGCACGGUGCCGAUGUUGUUGUGCACUCUGCUACCAAGUGGAUCGGUGGUCACGGUACCACUAUCGGUGGUGUGAUCGUCGACAGCGGAAAGUUUGAUUGGAGCAAGAGCGGCAAGUUCCCUCAGUUCACCGAGCCAUCCGCCGGUUACCACGGUCUUAAGUUCUGGGACACUUUCGGACCCAUCACUUUUGCCAUCUACCUCCGUGUCGUCAUUAUGCGUGAUUUGGGACCUUGCCAGAACCCCUUUGGCUCUUUCCUCUUGCUUCAGGGUCUCGAGACUCUUUCGCUCCGUGUUGGACGUAUUGUCGAGAACGCUCUUGCACUCGCUGAAUGGCUUGAGGCUCACCCUCAGGUUUCGUGGGUUUCGUACCCUGGUCUUGCCAGCCAUCCUUCGCACGAGGUUGCCAAGAAGUACCUCACUCGCGGUUUCGGUGGUGUCCUCUCCUUUGGUAUCAAGGGUGAUGCCGCUACCGGUAGUGCUUUCGUCGACAGCUUGAAGCUCGCUACCAACUUGGCCAACGUCGGUGAUGCCAAGACGCUCAUCAUUCACCCUGCCUCCACUACACAUCAGCAGCUUUCGGAUGAGGAGCAACUUUCUUCGGGUGUCACCAAGGACUUGAUCCGUGUCAGCGUCGGUUACGAGUGGAUCGAGGACAUCAAGGCCGACUUUGCUCAGGCUUUCGAGAAGACUUCCGGCGUGAAGGGUAACGUUCCUAGCGGUGAGACUGGCCCUGCUCCUGGUCUUUCCGGCUCUGUGUAA